AUGCCUAAGCGCGCGUCGGAGCGAGGCAGAAGGAAAUCGCCUGAAGCGUUCAUCUAUUUAGCAGGUUGCACGUUUAGCACCGCGAGGCGUGGAGACGAGUGGCGAGGCGUGGCAACGUGUGGCGAGGCGGAUGAAGGACGGCUGUUCUGCAAGCGGCCGCGAGAGGAAGAAGAUGACCUCGCGUCAAGGGUUCUAGAAUUCGUUGUUCAAUUGCUCCAGCAAAAACUUGGUACCUUUAAAACAAAAGAUUUGUUGCUCACAAGCAGAAUCAGAUUUGAACUUCCAUUUGUGCAUCUUAAUUUGUUCAGUCUGGAUUUGUGGAUCUCAAGCAAAAUCAGAUCUCAAAAUUUCCAUUAUGGCAGUGGGAGAGAUUUUUCUUGGGGCGUUCCUUCAGUUGAUCCUCAACUACUUCAGUCUCCGGUGCUGAAUGAUGCGGAGGAGAAGCAACUGAUAGAGCAUGGUGUGAAAUUGUGGCUGGAUGAACUCAGAGACUUGGCUUAUGAUGUAGAUGACGUGCUGGACAAAUUUGCUACUAAAACAUUGAAGCGCCAGAUAGAGGGACGGGAUCAAGCCAGCACAAGUAAAAAGGUGCGGAGUUCAUUCUCCAAACUGAAACUCAAUUUCGAUAUGAACUCUGAGAUAAAGAAGAUUACAGAGCGGUUGCAAGAAAUCUCUGAACGGAAAGAUAAGUUUGGUUUAAAGGGCACCGGGACGUCUAGUAAAGCAUGGUCAAAGCCACCAACUUCAGGUGUGCUAGGUGGACUAACCAUUGUUGGAAGAGAUGGAGAUAAAGCAAAAAUAUUAGAAAUGUUGUCGAGAGAUGAGCAUAGUAAUGUCAACUUUCAUGUUGUUGCCAUUGUUGGCAUGGCUGGCCUUGGGAAGACAACACUUGCUCAAUUUGCAUUCAACAACAACAGUGAUGUCACGAAGGAGUUCGAGACGAAGGCGUGGGUGUCUGUGUCCGAUGACUUCGACGUUGUAAGAUUGACGAAGGCAAUUCUUGAAUCAGUCACAUCUAAACCCGUUAAAGUAGAGCAGUUAAGAGGUAAAAAGUGA